AUGGCUGACGAGUACGCAGACUUGAAGCUGAUGUGGCAGCAGCAGCUGAAGCUAAUGGAAGCACUUACCGUUAAGCUGUCCAACUCGUCCAUAGGUCAUUCAAGUGCGGCUGGUGGUUCGCAAUCUGUUGAUCACAUUGCCGGCAGCAUUACGGAAUUCUUGUAUGACCCGCAGGCCCAUACCACCUUUGAUUCCUGGUACAAACGAUACGAGGACUUGUUCUCUGUCGAUCUGGCUGCCCAGGACGAUGCAUGGAAGGUUCGACUCCUACUUCGAAAACUGGGUCCGGCUGAACACGAGCGUUAUGCAAACUUCAUCCUCUCCAAGAAUCCCCGAGAAGUCACUUCCAAGGACACGGUUCAGACGUUGUCGCAGAUUUUUGGUGAGCAAUCAUCCCUCUUCAACACACGAUUUCAGUGCUUGCAACUGUGCAAACGAGAUUCCGAUGAUUUCAUCACGUAUGCGAGCAUUGUCAAUCGUGAGUGUGGGCGUUUCCAACUCGGUUCUCUCACUGAAGACCAGUUUAAAUGCCUUCUAUUUAUCUGCGGCCUCCAGUCCCCCAAGGAUGCUGAUAUCCGGACACGUCUCCUGUCCAAAGUGCAGCAGAACAACUCUACCACACUCCAAGAGCUGGCAGCAGAGUGCCAAACGCUGAUCAAUCUCAAGCACGACUCUGCAAUGAUUCAGAACCCGCCCUCAUCUUUCUCAGUCCAUACGGUCACAUCGACCAAAUCGCAUCCAGUUACACGGCCCAAGCAAGUGCCCAAGUCGAGAUCUCCGCCAUCUCCUUGUCGGCACUGUGGCGCAUGGCAUUUCCACCGGGAUUGCACUUUCCGCCAGCAUCGCUGCCAAAGCUGUAAUCAGGUGGGACACCGUGAUGGGUUCUGCAAAUCAGUACCAGCUUCUGGAGGCAAGCCAGCCCCCGCCAUUCCUAAUUCCAGGCAUCUUUUCCGGCCAAAACGCAAGUCCAAACUCCAGUCCGUUGGUAAUUCUCUGAGUCUCUUGGCCGCUUUCCAGCUCAAUGCGUCUGGUCGUAGAAAAUUUGUUGAUGUUUUGCUCAAUGGCCAUGCAGUUCGUCUACAGUUGGACACUGCCUCAGAUAUCACCAUCAUCUCUGAGAGACUCUGGCAGUCCCUUGGCAGCCCCACGAUCCAGCAGACUUCCCAGUCCGCCACAAGCGCGUGCGGUGGUCUCGUACAGCUAGUUGGGCAACUGCAAUGCUGUGUGUCGUUCCGCGGUACCAGCAUCACCGCGAUCUGCUACAUCACCAAGUCUGACCUCAACCUACUUGGUCUCGACAGGAUUUAA